UCCUUAUUUGUAGAUUUGUACACCGCCCCAGCUCAUUCUGCUAUUCCUGAUUGGUGUCACAAAACCGGAGAUGCUCGGCAAUUGGUCAUGGUAGUUAAACACGAUAUAAUGGUUAGCCAGUCAGAGGAAAUUACAGCAUGGCGGCUCUGAUGGUAAGAAGCAGCACCAGGUUACUUACUGGAUUUAAUGUCGUUUACAGGAGCCUGAUCCCCGGAAGCGGGCUCCCUUGGGCUUCGGUCCGACCUAGACUGCAGCUUCAGCCACGGUGGUACGCUGUUAGCCACCUCUCUGUGCAGGAAAGGAUAGAGAAUAAACGGAAGGCUGCGCUGGUCGGGGGAGGUCAGAAGAGAAUCGAGGCACAACACAAGCGGGGAAAGUUAACGGCUAGAGAGCGUGUUGAACUGCUGCUGGAUUCAGGCACCUUUGUUGAAUAUGACACGUUUGUGGAACACAGGUGUUCAGACUUCGGUAUGGAGGCUGAUCAAAACAAGUUUCCAGGAGACAGUGUGGUCACUGGUCAGGGCCGCAUUAAUGGAAGAUUGGUAUAUGUCUUCAGUCAGGAUUUCACUGUGUUUGGUGGCAGCUUGUCAGGAGCUCAUGCCCAGAAGAUUUGUAAGAUCAUGGACCAGGCGUUGCUGGUGGGCGCUCCUGUCAUCGGACUCAAUGACUCGGGUGGGGCCCGCAUCCAGGAAGGGGUGGAGUCUCUUGCUGGCUACGCAGAUAUAUUCUUGAGGAAUGUAAUGGCUUCAGGAGUUGUUCCUCAGAUCUCCCUCAUCAUGGGUCCUUGUGCCGGUGGAGCUGUCUAUUCUCCUGCAUUAACUGACUUCACAUUUAUGGUGAAGGACACCUCAUAUUUGUUCAUCACAGGCCCGGAUGUUGUGAAGUCAGUUACCAAUGAGGAUGUGACGCAGGAAGAGCUUGGCGGUGCAAAGACUCAUACAGCCGUGUCAGGUGUUGCACACAGAGCAUUUGAGAACGAUAUAGAUGCCUUGCUGAAUCUGAGAGAGUUCUUCAACUUCCUACCUCUCAGUAACAAGGAUUCUGCACCUGUCGUUGAGUGCCAGGACCCCAGUGAGCGUCUUGUUCCUGGCCUGGACACAAUAGUUCCAUUUGAAAACACCAAAGCCUAUGACAUGCUAGACAUUGUCCGUGGGAUUGUUGACGAGAGAGAAUUCUUUGAAAUCAUGCCGAACUAUGCAAAGAAUAUUGUUGUUGGUUUUGCCAGAAUGAAUGGGCGCACUGUCGGGAUUGUGGGCAAUCAACCUAAAGUGGCAUCGGGUUGCUUGGAUAUUAACUCAUCUGUGAAGGGAGCCCGCUUUGUGAGAUUCUGUGAUGCCUUCAAUAUACCGAUCAUCACAUUUGUAGAUGUCCCUGGAUUUCUCCCAGGAACUGCCCAGGAGUAUGGAGGUAUCAUCAGGCAUGGUGCUAAAUUGCUAUUUGCAUUUGCUGAAGCAACAGUGCCAAAAAUCACAGUGAUCACCCGAAAGGCCUAUGGUGGUGCCUACGACGUGAUGAGCUCAAAACAUUUAAGAGGAGAUGUGAACUAUGCAUGGCCUUCAGCCGAGGUUGCAGUCAUGGGUGCCAAGGGUGCUGUACAGAUUAUAUUCAGAGGAAAGGAAAAUCAAGCAGAGGCAGAAGCAGAGUAUGUGGAGAAAUUUGCAAACCCCUUUCCAGCAGCUGUAAGAGGUUUUGUUGACGACAUCAUUCAGCCUUCAACUACUCGAAGGCGCAUUUGCCGUGACCUGGAAGUGUUGGCUAGUAAGCAGCAAAAUAACCCCUGGAAGAAACAUGCCAACAUUCCUCUGUAAAUACAUAUCAAAUAAUAUAUUUUAUUUGUAUUGGGACUUUAUUGUAGCAAAAGCUGUUACAGAAAUUCUAGAAUUAAAUAAAAUAAAUGUUGUACAAAUUGUUGAA